UGGAGGGUCGAAGUUCACCAGCACUUCCUCUUUGCAGGAAGGCUCAGGGGAGGGGACCCAUGUGAUGUGGGUCCUAGCUGUCAUGGGAAGGCUGGUGGGGAAAGGGCAGCUAGGGUGUACUCUAGGAGAACCUGAGAGCCUCGGAGGCCAGAAGAGGACCCGUGGAUCCUCCCCUGCCAGCCACUCCCUCGCCCUUGGGUUUAAGAGCCACCCACGCUCUGCCAGCGACCUCCGCUUCCCACUCCUGCAGCUCUGAUCCCGGGACGAGCCACCAACCCAACCUUUUGAGAUGGCCUAUGUCCCCGCGCCAGGCUACCAGCCCACCUACAACCCGACGCUGCCCUACUACAAACCCAUCCCGGGUGGGCUCAGCGUGGGCAUGUCCAUCUACAUCCAAGGAGUGGCUAGCGAGCACAUGAAGAGGUUCUUCGUGAACUUCGUGGUGGGACAGGACCCAGGGUCAGACAUCGCCUUGCACUUCAACCCCCGCUUCGACGGCUGGGACAAGGUGGUCCUCAACACGCUGCAGGGCGGCAAGUGGGGCAGCGAGGAGAAGAAGCGGAGCAUGCCCUUCCGCAAGGGUGCCGCCUUCGAGCUGGUGUUCAUGGUGCUGGCAGAGCACUACAAGGUGGUGGUCAAUGGAAGUCCCUUCUACGAGUAUGGGCACCGGCUGCCUCUGCAGAUGGUCACCCACCUGCAGGUGGAUGGGGACCUAGAGCUCCAGUCAAUCAACUUUAUUGGGGGCCAGUCCCCCACACCCCAGAGACCCAUGACCAUCCCGGCUUACCCGGGUCCUGGAUACCAACAGCUGAACAGCCUGCCCAUCAUGGAGGGACCCCCGACCUUCAACCCGCCUGUGCCAUACACAGGCAGAUUGCCAGGGGGACUCACUGCCCGGAAAACCAUCAUUAUCAAGGGCUACGUGCCCCCCACCGGCAAGAGCUUUGCCAUCAACUUCAAGGUGGGGUCCUCGGGGGACAUAGCUCUGCAUAUUAAUCCCCGCAUGGGUGAGGGCGCCGUGGUCCGGAACAGCUUCCUGGGUGGCUCGUGGGGGUCCGAGGAGAGGAAGCUCCCCAGCAACCCGUUCGGUCCAGGACAGUUCUUUGAUCUGUCCAUCCGCUGUGGCUUGGAUCGCUUCAAGGUGUACGCCAACGGCCAGCACCUCUUUGACUUCUCCCAUCGACUCUCUGCCUUCCAGAGGGUGGAUGUGGUGGAGAUCCAGGGUGAUGUCACCUUGUCCUAUGUCCAGAUCUGAUCUCUUCCUGGGACCAUCAACUUUAUUGGGGGCCAGUCCCCCACACCCCAGGUGUGUGCCGUCCCUUCCCUUAACUGUGUUCUUCCCUUCGUAGAUCCCCAGGACUCUCUUCUAAACUCCUAAUAAAGCAUCCGAGGGGGUC